UUUUUUUUCAUUUAUUAAAUUGCUUUCAAUUCAUCCAAAGUAGAUUGUUUCCAUGACAUCCGAUAUGGAUAGUACACAAGAAGAUGUUAACUAUAGAGUUUUAAGUAUUCAGUCACACAUGGUUUCCGGCUACUGUGGCAAUAAGGCAGCCGUAUUCCCACUUCAAACAUUAGGGUUUGAUGUUGAUAUAUUAAAUACCGUUCAAUUCUCGAACCAUACAGGGUAUCCUUCUUGGACUGGAGGUCGUUUGACAGCAGAUGAUGUCCAAGAAUUAUUCGAUGGAUUAGAAAAAAAUAAAUUGACAAAUGAAUAUACACAUGUUUUAACUGGAUAUAUUGGGAAUUAUGCCAUUUUGGAAAAGAUAGAGAAAAUGGUGAAAAAGUUAAAAGAACAGAAUCCAAAUCUAAUUUACGUUUGCGACACAGUUAUGGGAGAUGGUGGAUCAUUGUAUGUUGCGCCAGAAAUAGUUCCGUUAUAUAGAAAUAUUAUGAAAUCUGUAGUAGACGUGAUUACACCCAAUCAAUUUGAAGCAGAGUUAAAUAAGGGAUAGCAUUACAUAAUACUCAAAUUAAC